AUGUCCUUUAUACUUAAGGUGCUAUCAGCCGCUGCAGUUGUUGGUGCUGCUCGGGCCUCUAAUUUCCAUGUAUUCGACAACACGGCGUAUACAAACACCUCCAUUGGUUACCAAAGCACCAACAUCAACUGGAUUCCCGCCUAUGUCUGCAAUCCCUUGACGAAAGGGGGGUUUCUUCCUUCUGUCACAGAAUGGAAAAACAUCGUGCUCGAAUGGAACGUCUAUCCGGGAUAUCCAUUGGUACUUGACUGUGAAGAUAUCUACUUCACCAACGAGUCCACCGCAGAUCUGUACCUUGAGAUACUGAGCUCAUUGCAGACCUGGGCUGCAGAAGUUAUACCCCCUGGCCAGAUAAUAGGCUGGUACGGACUCAGUCACGCUUUUUUCCCAUCCGCAUAUACCUUCAGCAGCAGCAUCUCCACAUGGAACAAUUCACUCAACUCAGUGAUUAAUACCAUUACUGCAAUAAAUGAUACGCUACCAAUCUGGCCGUAUACCUGGCCUCAGUACCACAAUAAUUAUUCCUUCAUCCCGGUCGAACUAUGGGAAACAGAGCUUGAAAUUCUGUCCUCAAACAGUCAUCUAGAUGGCUUCGUUAUAUGGGGCGGCAAGAACUAUGCCGUAUGUAACGAUAGCUGCCAAGCGACUGCUGGUCAGCAGCCAUGGCUGAAUGCUACGCGCUCGUACUUGAGCAAUCUCUAUGGAAUAUACAAUGGAAAGCUUCAGAAGACUGGCGCUCAGAUAUUCUCUUUGUAG